GUCGGCUUCUCUCAACUAGGGACAUGCGCAGCGAGCCGCGGAACGACAGGUGCGCGUUGCGUCGACGACGGUCGCGAAUCGCUUAGUUUCGGGUAAGCGCACGAUUCGCCUCCACCUCGCCUCGGGAACGCCAGUCGUUUGCGACUCUGUCUCUGGCUCGGUUGUUCGCUCCCUCGCCAACCUCGUUGUCGUUGUGAACCGCCGUCGUCACCGAAUUUUCACCCUUCCACGAGGUCGUCAGCGAUCGCGGAAAAGAGAUCGUCGAUGAUCGCAUAAAUCGCCACAAUCAUCCGUUGCUCCAAAACGAUCAUUUCGCUGGAUCUUUUUGGCUGUCGACGCCCCGCAGAACCCCUUAUCGAACGCGCACGUGUUUUCUUCCCCUGUUCUUUCCUCGGUUUUUCUCUUCCUGUCAGUUUUCCUUUUUGCGAAGAAUCUCCUUCACCGAUAGAUAGAGUUUCUCUAUCGAAAGUGACGAGGGUGUUUCUUGCUUCUUCUCCUCGACCGAUUUUCCGUCCUCUCAUUCCGAUCGUCGAUUUCGAGAGGUGCGCGAGUUUCCCUUUAAAUUAUUAUUGAACCCAAAGCCGAAGUGCUAGGGCACAGGACAAGCGAUCAUAUCUCCUCGAUAUCGAGCUCAUAAAACUAGUGAAAUACUGCUGAUCCGAUCGUGAUUUUGUGUGGAUAUUACUGGUGGCUAUUUUGGUGAACGCUGCGGUGUACGGUGCUCUCUUGAUGAUUGUGGUACGCUAGGAAAGUUUAGAUACCGUCAGCGGAUCCCAGGUGGACCCCUCUCUCUCUCUCUCUCUUUCCCUCUCUUUCUAUCAUGCACUGGGGACAAUAUCUCUUCCGCGAAGCUAUGGAAAUGCAAGCGGCAAUCAUCUUCCUGUUUCUCGGCGGAUCCAUCCUUCUACACGAGGUCGAGGGUAGCGGCGAACCGUGGCUGAAAAGUGAAAAGUACGUUGAACUUGAUGAAAAAGCUCAGCUACCCUGCGUCCUGAAAUCACCGCAAUGCGAGGGUUUGCACAGCAUCAAAUGGUACCGCGGACCCACGAGGAUUUUCAUUUUCAGCGAGGCCGCCGGAAUUAUACGUGGCAAUAACGACAUCGCUGCCAGGGCCGACAUAGAAUACUCUGCGAAUUCAUCGAAAACGCAUCUGAUAAUACCCAACGUUCGACUGGAAGAUGAGGGUCUUUACAAAUGCGAAGCUACGUAUCUUGCGGUCAACCGCGAAUGCAACAACGUGCAGCACAUUAUCCUUAACAUCACAAUGCAACCAAAAUCUGUACGUGUCAUCGACGAAAAUUCGAAGAAUACUCUGAGUACGGGUUCCACUUUAGGACCUAUAAACGAAGGCUCGACAAUAGCUCUAUAUUGCGAGAGCGGCGAAGGCAAACCUGCACCUACAGUGGAGUGGUUUAAAAAUGACCAACUGCUUGAAGCGACGAGCUCGUCGACUAUCACUGAUACCGGGGCAGGCACUGGCAGUAGUUUGCUAGAGAUGCAAAUUACACGGGAAGAGUUAGGCGCAACAUUCACGUGUAAAGUCAACAAUAUUGCCCUCAUGGAGCCACUUGCAGUUGAUAUUAAACCAAAUGUACACGUGCGCCCGUUGAAGAUGGACUUAGAGGGAGUGGUUGGUCAUGUCGUGCAGGGAACGAAAGUUUUUUUGACAUGUAAGGUACAAGCGGCGCGACCCGCAGCCAACGUAACCUGGCAAAACGGAACGCAAUAUUUAAGCGAGAGCAACGAGAGAUUCGAGAUGUUUGAGACGAAAGUAAACGAAAAUAAGGACGGUACAUCGGACACGGUAAGUUAUUUGGCUUUUACGGCAUCGGUAUACGACAAUGGCAGAACAUUCAACUGUUAUGCCGAAAACUCUGUUACUCGUAUCGAGGAUUUGAAACCAUUGAAGGAAACGACAACGAUCGAAGUAUUAUAUCCUCCGAUAAUCAAAAUGAAGCCAAACAAUGUAACGGUUAAUGAGACAGACGACUUUUUAAUAUUCUGCGAUUACGAGGCGAAUCCGGCUACACUGACAAAAGUGACAUGGCGACGAGGCAACGAAGACUUAGUAUUAAACGAAGAGCAUUACGACGGUGGAAUCACAGAACAAACGGCGCUCACAGUGAAAAACGCAACUCCUAGCGACAUGGGUUCUUACAAAUGCAUCCUGGAGAACAACGCCGGCUCAUCCGUUUCCGAGGACGACGUAGAGGUCUCGGUCUUUUACAAGCCGGUGGUGGAGGUGAUAAUGGAUCCGGAAAUACCUGUGAACGAAGCAGAUCGUCAGAACGUUUCGUUAACGUGUGAGGUCAAUGCCGGUAAUCCGGCGAUGCUGACAGCCGUCCGUUGGUAUUUGGACGGUGAUCUAUUGAAAGAACUUCCGGACUGCCCGAGAAACAGCACUGCCAUGACAACGACAACCGAGGAAUCGUUGACGUUCUGCGACAUCGACCCUAGCAAGCUGCUGCUGGAAUCUGUCGGCCGUACCUUCCAUGGCAACUACUCCUGUGAGGGGAGAAACGAGGCCGGCUGGGGACCAAUCUCUCUGAGCACGCCUGUCAUAGUUUAUUAUAAGCCCGGUCCGGCAUCGAUAACAUAUGAACCUAGACAAGUAGUGAAGAAGCAGCCAUUAUCCAUUACUUGCUUUGUCUUGGAUCCCGGGCGACCGAAGGUGUCGGGCUUCAAGUGGCUGCGUGGCUGGCACCGUCUUCCAGAUGAGAACGACGCUACACUCUUCAUCGAAUCAGUUAAUUUGGAAACCGAGACGAAUUUCACGUGCCUGGCUUACAAUGAUGCCGGCGAUGGCGACCCAGCCACAACGUUUAUCGACGUAUCUGCGGCUCCGACGUUCAUCAAGAAGCUACACUCGUAUCGCGGUUACGUCUACAGCUCACCUAACGUGAGCAUCAUGUGCUGGGUCGAGUGCGCUCCAAUCUGCAAUAUUUCCUGGUUGAGGGAUGAUAUUCCCAUGGACUUCUCGAAAACGAAUCGAUACUACGUGUUGAACGUUUAUCAUCCGCCUGACCCGAGGACCAACGACUUCGAGAGCAUCCAAUCGACCCUCGUAUGGAAUCUGACUGUCUGGCCGAAUGGCCAGCUCGACCGUGACGAGGAUAACGUCAAAUUCACCUGCAAGAGUAGUAGCAACGGGAUUGGCCCGGGCGUGGAGAGCAGCACUCACUUUCACGUCGAGUUUCCUCCGGAAGAUAUCACGAUCUCGAAGAAGAUAAUCAAUGUGACAGUGGACACGAUCGCGGAAAUUGUCGAGUGCGACGCGAAAGCACGACCGAAACCGAACUUCCGGUGGUUCCGCGAAGGCUCCACCAACUUCACUAUGGAAGGCCACGUGCUCGAUUUGAAAAUGCCAGUACCCAGACGUAGUAACGGCACUUACUACUGCGAGGCGUCGAAUCGUCACGGUUCCUUGAAUAUCUCGAUGGUUAUGAACGUGCAAUUUAAACCGGAAUGCCACAUAGAGAAGGAACGAUUCGAUGGCCAGGAUUACGUGGUUUGCUCGGCUGUCGCAAAUCCAAAGGAGACGGACUUCAGCUGGUCUUUGAAGAACGAAAAUGAUACGCUGGAGCAAAUCGCGGAAAUGCGAAAUGGGCGAAGUUACAUACUCCUUGAUACUUCGAUCACUAACUUCCGGACAUACGUGUGUGUAGCGAAUAACACAAUCGGCCACUCCGUACCAUGCGAACGUGACAUACCAGCCCAUCAUGGACAUAAAAGUCAUAUACCCUGGUGGCAUCAAUUGGAGGGUAAUCUGCUGCUAAUUAUUAUCGUCGUAGUGGUGGUCCUAAUACUAGUGCUAAUACUAAUCUGCGUGGCGAUCUACAUCGUGUGUCGACGUAAACGCAGUCAGAUGAAAUACAGUAACCGGGUGGUCGAGCUGGAGGAACGUGAACAUCCAGACGGUGGACCGCCCAGUCCUACGGUAUCCUCGCACUCGGUGCAAAGCCCGGUGCAGCCGACCCCGGCACCAAGAUGGCCCUUGAAGCCGGGCGUGCUGGUGCACAUCAAUCGAACUCACAGCCUACGAUCCGGCGGCUUGAGCGUUCGCGCGAACGAAUCUAAUCUGCGUAACGAGCUGGUGGGCAAACAGAGCGACGAACCGUUCAGACAGCGAUAUCUAGAUGAGACGCCCUUGUCACCGAUCGGCUGCAAUCCGGCACGCGCGGUAUUCCGCCGCGGUAGGAAAGAUCAGGCCGUACAAAGAACAACCAGUUUGAACAGUCUACACGAGGACGGUAUGCUCGCCCGGGCUAACAAAAUAAAAGCCAUGUUUGGUGUACAACUCAAGGAACAGGCCACCCUGCCCGGUAUAUCUCGAGAGAAAACAGCUGUGACUUACAAAAGAAUCAUGCCACGACAGCGGAUAUUGCACACUAUGGAGCCAUCUCACGAACCGCAUCGUGGCAAUGCGUCUCGUAAGCGAAAAAAACCUGGAGCAGAUCCCAAUCAAGCCGCGAAUAACAAUCAUGUGAACAGUGUGUCGGAAGUUCUGCCCGACUCGGGGACGAAGACAUUCUACGAAAACUUACCUUUCCACGGAAUUCAAGCGCCACCUAACAAGUUGGUUACUCCUAAGUUUGCCCGAGUUUCGGCUUUGCAUGGUACGUUGCAUCAUUCCUUCACGGCCUCGCCGUGCUCCUCGCGGCCACCCAGCAGAGCUGUCAGCCUCUGCGACGGCAGUUCCGGCUACGAAUCUACCAUGAGCCACCUGGGGCCCCACUACAACGUUUACAACGUGCCCAGGGGUAAUUCUCCGGUGCUCAAGUACAACACCCUGAAGCCGCGACGACGCAAGCAGAAGCACUCGCAGCAGUUUUACUCCCUACGGCUGUGCCGUCGACACGAAAACAUCCGCAAGAAGUACGAGUUGUACGCGAUACCGAUCUAUAAAACGUGUCCGCACAGAAGCGAUAGCACGGCCACGAUCGCGACGAUUGUCCGAUCGGUGGAGGAUACGCCGUCCUUGACUUUGAGCCAGGGAUCGGUCAAUCUGAUGAGCCGAUCGGCGCCUUCGACGCCGAUACCAUCAUCGCCAACGACACCGCCAAUACCAGCGCCGAGGAUGUCCAAGAAGAUCGAUCCGUCCAAACACACUUACCAAAAUGUCCCUGUCCCCGUUUUUCCGCCGAGAAACGCUUCGUUGCCUAAGCUUAAGACCGACAGCCUAUACAACUACAAAGAACACUACCAGCAGCAGCAUCGGCAGGAAAUGCAGCAGUACAGCUACCCCUUACCGAGCAACAGUUCGAAUCAACUAACACUGCCACUAACGCGCAACCUCUAUCAUCCCUCGAUAGUUAAUCCCCUGCAAACCUCCCUCGUUCACACUAACAACAGUCGGCCGUCCACCCUGGUGCAUCACGAGGCCGCCACGACCGGCAAUCACUUGCCCGCGGUGCAUCGGGAUGAGGAACAGCAGCAGCAGCAGAAUUAUGGCAAUCACGACGCGAGACAGUCGUCGUCGUCACGUCGACAUUCGACGACGAAUCGGCGAAACGAGCGUAACCGAAAGUAUCGGAAGUACGAGCGAACGUCGGGCGAUCGGAGCAAGUCGAAGCAAAACCGACAGAGAGGAGAGGCUCCAUCGCGACGUAACGAGACUACUUUCAACGGCGUCUCGCCUCCCGAUUGCGAGACCAGCUUCCACCAAAUCCCAGAUCUGAACGCGUCCGAGACGAUGUACAAGAUCUCGUAUCCGCAUUACUAUGAAGAUGACAUAAACGCGGAGUGUUCCACCGACUAUCACAGACCGAACUCGACGGUGGCGCGUCAGCAGCAGCAACAACAGCAGCAGCAGCCACCGUCGUGGAAUCGUCAAUCGAAUCGUAGCACCGGCAACAACACGUCGCAAUUGGCGACGGAUAUGGACGAUGCGAAAAGUCGCAACAAAAUAUCGAAGACGAGGCUGUCAACGGGCAAUGUCGGCGACGUUCGUGCACCCUCCGCGCCCACGAUAAUGCAAUACGCCGAGCUUCACUUCCGGGACGUCGGUCAGGAGAUCGAUGUCUAAAGCCCUUCAAGCCGGAAUUCUCGGAUCUCGAUUAUGCGGACGUGGAUUACAGAUCAUACGGACCGAUAAACUAUAAAGCCGCCAGUAUUGCGCUCCUUCAAAAGCAACAGCAGCAGCAACAACAACAAGCUCAACAGCAGCAGC